AUGAGUUGCAUUAAGAGUUUUCCCUGUGCAUGUUCAUUUCAUACAGCUGGAGAGGAGCAGCACAAGACUGCAUUGAAAGAAUGGGCCCUGAAGAAGGGCAAUUGGUGUAAAGCCAAUAAAGAUGUUGAUCUGGCCAACUUUGACCAGGAGAAUUCCUGCCCCCAUCCCCCUGUUCAAAAUUGGAAGGCCGGCACUUGUGCCAUCAAGAAAAUCUGCCACUUCCAGAGCUCUAUCAAGCUAAUCUUGCUGAAGACAGCUGAAGCAAUCUUGUGCAUUCUGUUUGAGUUGUACUGUAAGCACAUUACAGUCAACACUGACAAUAUGAAGCUUGUUCUUGGCAUUAGUGCUAAAAUUGGGUCAAACUAUUUCAGCCUGAUUGAUGUGCCUGAUCACCCCACCCCUGCUGCCAUCAUCUGCUGCCUGCAUGCUGCCUCUGCCCUGCCAACUACCACUGCCACCACUCCAUCACCACCAUCACCACCCAUCACCACCUCCCUGCCUCUCUCUGGCACCAUCAGGGUCUCCGCCUGUCAAAUGGCAGGUAUUAGAGCCCCUGUCCAGUUCACAAAGCCAGUUCUGGAGGAGCAGGAGAAGGAGAAGGAGAAGGAGGAGAAGAGGGAGAAGGAGAAUGAUAAUGAUGAUGAAGAUGAUGACAAUAAUGAUUAA